AUGCCGGAGAAAGUUCGACCAGUAGACAUAGUGCAAAGAGCAUUGAAGAUGUAUGCACAGGAAGCGAAAAGGAGCGGUAUUACCACUUCCAUCGACAUUCAGGAUACCUAUGCUAAACACGUCUCGGAGUUUGUCGUGGUAGACCGCAAUCGCCUUUUACAGAUCAUCAUGAAUUUGCUCACCAACGUGAUCAAACACACGAGAUCGUGUAGAGAACGAUCGAUCGUCAUCUCAUUGAGUGCUUCUAUUUCCGAGCCAGAUGACGUCUCGGCUCAGAACGCUUUCAUGCCACUGACUCCGAGAAGAUUGAGUAGCCCCUUGACGACUGCAGAACAUGACCACUUCAGCGCUGCUUUCGAAAGCUUGUGUGCUGGAGAUGAGAUCCACCUGCACGUCGCUGUCCAAGAUGCGGGCUGUGGUCUGUCAGAAAGCGAGAUGUGUCAUCUCUCCAGAGGAUUUUCACAGCCGAAGACUCACGGACAAUACAGUGACUCCGGACUGAACCUCUUCCUAAGUAAAGAGUUGAUCGAGCUGCAAGCUGGCCGAAUUGGUGUCACCAGUACCGAAGGGAUCGGAACAAGCUUCUCCUUCUACAUCAAGUGCAGAAAGCACGUCGAAGAACUAGCGCCUACGCUAUCGGCUACACCAAAACUGCCUCACAACAAAGGCCACAGACCUCGCAUGAGCCGCACAGAAGCCUUCGACGACAAAGAUCUCGAAUUCACUCGCCAGCCCUCUCCAGUGAGAGGUUUGCACGUCUUGGUCGUAGAAGACAAUCCACUCAACCAGCGCCUCGUCGCCAAACAGCUACGCAACCAAGGCUGUACAGUCCACACCGCCGACCACGGUCUCGAUGCCUUGGAGUUCUUAUCCAAGACUAAUGUUUCUUCCUCUCCAUCCUCAAACACAAAGCUUGAUAUUGUGUUACUUGACAUUGAGAUGCCUGUCAUGGAUGGACUCACAUGUAUCCGCAAGAUCCGAACUUUGGAGGAAGAAGGCUUCUAUACGCGACGAGUACCUGUCAUAGCUGUUACGGCCAAUGCUCGCGACGAACAAAUGAAGGAAGCAUUGGAGGCGGGCAUAGAUGAGGUCGUCACGAAGCCGUUCAGAAUCCCUGAGUUGCUGGUACGCAUGAGUGAGGUAGUCAGUGGUCAGCAUUUGGCAUGA